AUGACCCUGCCUGUAUAUCCUCAGUACGAGGGUGGCACUCCCUCUGCCACUCACUUGUGCGUACUCGUUCAUGGGCUAUGGGGCAAUCCGGAUCACAUGAGAAACGUCGCCAAGAGCUUGCGCGACCGCCACCCUUCCAGUGAGCUGCGUCUGCUGUUCGCGAAGCGCAAUAUUGGCAGUUUCACCUACGAUGGCAUUGAGCGCGGCGGCGAGCGCAUCUGCUCCGAAAUUGAAGAGGAGCUGCGCGCAGUGGAGGAGAGCGGUGGCAAAAUCACCAAGAUUAGCAUCAUUGGAUAUUCCCUCGGCGGCCUGGUCUGUCGCUACGCCGUAGGCUUGCUUUACGCAAAGGGGAUACUGGACAAACUCGAAUGCAUGAACUUCACAACUUUUGCGUCUCCGCAUCUUGGGGUGCGUACGCCUCUCAAAGGCUGGCACAACCAUGUCUGGAACGUCAUGGGUGCCAGGACCUUGUCAAUGUCCGGUAGGCAGCUGUUCACGAUUGAUUCGUUCCGCGACACAGGGCGGCCCCUUCUCUCGGUGCUCGCUGAACCAAACUCCAUCUUCAUGCACGGCCUUGGCAAGUUCAAAAGACGGAGCUUGUAUGCCAACAUUGUCAAUGAUAAAAGUGCUGUUUAUUACACCACCGGCAUCGCAAAGACAGACCCGUACCGAAAUCUGGGCGCGAUCAAAGUCAACUUUCUCAAAGGAUACGAGGGCGUUCUUCUGGAUCCGCAAAAUCCCAUCCGCCCGCCACCUAAGCUAGGAGAAGCUACCUCGUGCUCUUCAGCCACAGAGUCCAUCAUGAGGUGGGUCAAGAACAUACCGUUCAUGAUUACCGUCACGGUAUUCCUACCCAUUGGCGUGCUUGCCUAUCUCUGCAACGCCGUCAUUCAGAACAUUCGCAGCUCGCAACGGAUCAAACUAUACGAGAGAGGCUUGGCUGGUGUCAGCAUCGACGGGUACAGAGUUCCUGUGCUCAUUGCGGAAAUUCGCGAAGAGGUUGAGAAUACAUAUGAGGCGUUGAACAGUUUGCAAAGCCAAGAGUUUCUCUCAUCCGAGGACGAGGACGAGGACGAGGACGAGGACGAUGGAAAGAGCGCCGAGGACAGGAAAUUGCUGCAGCGCGAGAGACGAAUGUCGGUUCCAACGGAGCCAACUCUGGCGCUGACGCCUCAGCAGUUCGAAAUGAUUCGUUCUCUAGACACUCUCAACUGGCGGAAAUACCCCGUGUGGAUUCAACAGCAUCGGCAUAGCCACGCGGCUAUUAUUGUGCGACUGGAAAAGAAGUCCUUUGACGAGGGGUGGGUGGUAUUGAAGCAUUUUGCAGAAGACGAAUUCUUGAUUUAG